AUGCAGCAGAGCCUGGAGUAUAAUCCUCAGUUCCCUUUGGAACCCCAUCAAUCACUAAGAGUGGACUGGUCAAAGAGAUCCAGGCUCCCUGAAGAGAAUGAGCCAAGAAUGAUGGUGGCCAUGACACAAAGAUCUUCCAGGAUAAAAGUGGCUUUAAAAAUUAUCUCUGAGUUCACCAGCUGGGGGGCAGAAAUGUCUUGCAAAGAGAUCACUCCUGGCUUGGAAGAGACUCAUAUGCCUUUGCUUCCUCUAUCGUCACAGCCCAAACAAAGGAGGGAAGGUGAUAAGAAUGACUGGGCAGGAGUUAUGCUACUGCUGAUGCUGAUGCUCUUUUGGCUCCUGGCUCCAACUACAGCAAAGAGGCUGCAAACCAUUUGUGUGCUCAAGGAUUAUAUCCCAUUAAAGGAAAGCUACUACAGGCUUGGUGAUCUCAUUAUUGGUGGGAAUUUGCCCUUGGGAAUCAUUUUAAAGUCUGUUGUCCCAGAAUUUAAUACACUGAAUCAUCGUCUACAGAAUGGUCUCGUACCCAGUAACUACCAGCAGUUCCUUGCAUUGAUGUUUGCUGUCUCUGAGGUCAAUAAGGAUUUUCUUCUGCUCCCCAACAUCACCCUUGGCUUCCACAUCUACCGCCAUUUCCAGAGGGAGAUAUUUAUUUCCUUAAACAGCCUCUCCAUGCUCUCCUCACGAGGCCAAGUGGUUCCAGGUUACAAAUGUGACCUGCAGGACACUCUGCUGUCCAUCAUUGGUGGUCUCAGUGCCAAGUCCUCAAGGCUGAUGGCCUCCAUCUUCAGCAUCUUUAAGAUCCCACAGAUUCUUCCCUAUUUGAGGAAUGUGCAGUUCAACAACAGUGCUGGAGAUGAAGUCUCCUUCUCAGAAGAUGGACUGGGAUCUGCUCGUUAUGAUCUUCUCAACUGGGUUUUCCUCCCUAAUCAAUCUUUUGUCCCCAUGAAGGUUGGGCAAGUAAAUCCUGAGGCUCCCCCAGGACAAGAUUUCACCAUUAACUCUGAUGGAAUCAUCUGGGCCACAAAGAAGGUGCCCUUUGCCAGGUGUGGCAUGAAGAGGUGCCAUGCAGGAGAGAGGAGAAGAGUUCCAGAGGGCGAGCAGGUUUGCUGCUACCAGUGUGACGCUUGUCCAGAAGGGACAAUUUCUAAUCAGACAGAUGCCGCUCAGUGUGAAUGCUGUCCAGAGGACCAAUAUCCCAACAAGGACAAGGACCAAUGCAGUGCCAAGAAGAUCCACUUCCUUGCCUAUCAAGACACCUUGGGAUACACUUUAGUUUUUCUUGCUCUUUUCCUCUCAGUGAUCACAUCUGCAGUCCUGGUGAUUUUCUAUAAACAUCAUGACACACCAAUUGUCAAGGCCAACAACCGAGAUCUCACCUACAUCCUCCUGGUCUCCCUCUUGCUCUGCUUCCUCUGCUCCUUCCUCUUCAUUGGCCAACCAGGGAAGAUCACUUGUCUCUUCCGACAAUCUGCCUUUGCCAUUCUCUUUUCACUGGCGGUUUCCUCCAUUUUGGCAAAAACUGUCAUGGUGGUUCUGGCCUUCAUGGCCACCAAGCCUGGAAACAAGUCAAGAAAACUCUUAGGAAAACCACUGACCAACUCCAUUGUCUUAGCCUGUCCUCUCGUACAAGUAAUUCUUUGCGUCACCUGGCUGGUAACCUCUCCCCCAUUUCCCAACAUGGACCUCCACUCCUUGUUUGGAGAGGCUAUCUUGGAAUGUAAAGAAGGCUCAGCUUCAAUGUUUUACACUGUCCUUGCCUAUCUAGCUGUUUUGGCCCUUAUCAGUUUCACAGUGGCAUUUCUAGCUAGGAAAUUGCCAGAUAGCUUUAAUGAAGCCAAGUUCAUUACUUUUAGCAUGCUGGUCUUUUGCAAUGUUUGGAUUACUUUUCUUCCCACCUACCUGAGCACCAAAGGGAAGUUUAUGGUGGUUGUGGAGAUCUUCUCCAUUUUGGCCUCUGGGGCUGCUCUCUUGGCUUGUAUCUUUUUCCCCAAAUGCUACAUUAUUCUACUGAGGCCAGAUCUGAAUUGUAGAGAAAAUAUAGUAAGGAACAAGAAUGUCUAACUAAUGUAAGUAUUGGCCUCAUUUAUAUUUGCCUUUGAGGCAUAUUUAGAUUGUGAUAAAAUUUCUAAAAAAUGUUAACAAGAAGGACAUUUCAUCUCUUGGAUUUUCUUGGUAAUCCAUUUUGCUCUCCAAAAUCUGCAUGCAUGGAUAUUCUGUACACGAAUAAUUUGACCCAGGAUCACAAUCUAAUUUCCUUAAGGAGUAUUUAUUCCUAGCAAGGUCAUCCAGGACAUGAGAGUCAUCCUGUCAGCCUCAGCUUUUGCCUGCUUCAGCUGCCAUAAGAAACGGGGGAGGGAUUAGUUAUAGGAUGAGGGGUGGGGAGAUGCAAGAUUUGUUUUUCCUUGUAGGAUGUGUCUUCAUGAGAAACGAAAGUGAUUCUUCAAAGGGGACGGCUGACCAACUGCCCUACAUUCCUGAUGAAUGACGCUCCCAGACGUGAUGCCACCUGACCUUUGGAAGACCUUUGGAUUGGCUGAUGAUAUAUGGAUAAGGGGGGGAGAUGCUUAGUAGAUGCAUUUCGCGUGUUUUGCUCACUUCCAGCUUUACCUGGGUUGUUAAUCAUUUCAUAUUCAGUAAAAGUACCAAAUUCU